UCGAAACGCGCGAAAAGAAAAGCUUCAGAACUCAGCUCGCUUUCGCCAUUUGCUCCCCCUGUCCCGAGAGCAUUGGCUUCCAUAUCUCACAAGAGACCCCCACAUAUCACACUAGGGUACUAGGGCAGCACUCGCUGGAACCUGGACUGUCUGUUGGUGUGUGUUGGAAGCUAGCAAAGCGGCCCAUUAAAACUCACAGACGCACCCGAACCUUGCAGUGUCGUGAAGCAUGGGCAAACUAAAUCCAGCGGGAGGAAGCGGCGACAAAGCGAAAGCCGGUAAAGGUGGUUCAGCACUGAAGCGGCUGAAGGCUUCACUGAAAGACGCGGGCGUAAUCGGAAAGCACCAGAAAAUAUCAAAGAAAAAGUCAGCAACACAACGUGCGGCGGCUUUGUCCGGGCGGAAGGAAGCUCGUGACACUCUCCGACAAAUAUCCUCCAAAGCAAAAGAUAAUAACCCUUUCGAGCUAAAGAUCAACCGUCAGAAGCAUGAAGUCAUAGGCAGAAAAGUGAAAGGUGCUGCUCCAGGAAGGCCUGGGCUUGUGCGGAAGCGCGGAGAAGAGAAUCGGAUGCGGACGUUGGCCGUGGAAAUGCAGCGAAAGAAUAAAGACUCGGCUUUCGUGGAUAGGCGUUUCGGAGAACACGACGCAACCAUGUCUGUCGAAGACAAGAUGUUGGAACGUUUCAUGAAGGAGAAGUCGAAUAGGUCUUCCAAAGGGUCCAUGUUCAACCUGGACCAGGAUGAAGAUCAGGAGCUUGAACUCACGCACAUGGGUCAAGCUUUGAAUGAAGACGCCUUCAAUGACGCUGGAUUGCACAGAGUCGGCUCGGACGCCGAAGACGAGCCGGGUCACAUCGAUAAGGACACCGUCAGGUACACCCACUUCGGGGGUUUCAGCGAUGAAGAAGGCGAAGGGGAGGACGACGGGACCGGAAAGCGGAAAUCGAAAAACGAGAUCAUGAAGGAGAUCAUUGCAAAGAGCAAACUGCACAAGCGAGAACGUCAGCAACAGAAAGAGGAAGAUGAGGAUCUGGCUGACGAGCUGGACGCUCAAUUGGAUGACAUCCGAAGUCUUCUGGCGCCGCUCAAGGAUGAGCCCAGGCGCGGGGCUCGGGAUUCCAAGACGGGAGCUACCGAUUCCAAUAUGGUUCCUGUUUCGGACAAGCGAGGUCGGAACGCUUCGACGGCAGAAGUAGUCGAGGAAGAGAACAAGGUCGCCAAGCCCGCAGCUGACUACGACGAUUACGACCAGUUCGUGCGAGAGCUCGCAUCCGAGCGUCGUGCGAAACCUACCGACCGAUUGAAAACCGAGGAAGAGCAAGCCGCUGACGAGAAAGCCCGUUUGGAACAGCUGGAGCGUGAUCGGAAAAGGAGGAUGAUGGGUCUGCCCACUGAGCAGGAAGAGAAGGCUCAAAAAAUGGCGGCCCGUCUUGAGAGGGAAUCGUCUGGAACGAAACGCCCUGCUGAAGCGGAUGAUCUUGGCGAUGACGAUUAUGUCACUGCUGUGGAUGAGAUGGUUGAGAACGAGGAAGAGAUGCCCCUUACGUACCGCGAUGGAAAGCUGAUGAACAAGGAGGUGUUCAUGAGAAAGAAGAGGAAGCUAAAUGACGACGAAGAGGAGUCUGAGGACUCGGAUGAUGAGGACUCGGAUGAUGAGGACGAUGAGGACGAUGAUGAGCAUGACGACAAUGAGGGUGAAGAGGAGGGUUCCAUGCUUGAGGAAAGUGAGGAGGAUGAUGAAGAAGGCGAGGAUGUAGAUGCCGAUGGUUUGACAGAGAACUGGGUGGUCGAAGACAUGGUCAACAUGGGUGAUGAACCACCCAGCCCGGAUUCGGAUGAUGAAGCAGCUCCUGCGUCAGCGCACAAAUUGCCAUUCAAGAAGGAUGCCGCCGCGCCAGGCGCGGCUGCAGCCGCCAAGGAAUUGCCGUACAUCUUUGAGGCUCCCACAACGGUGCAAGACUUCUCGAAACUCAUGGAAGACCGGAACCCGGAAGAGCAAGCGACGAUCGUUCAGCGUAUCCGUGUCUUGCACCACGUUAAACUCGGAGGAGAUAACCGCAAAACGUUGGAGAAUCUGCUGGACAUUUUGUUCAAGCACGUAUCUGCUCUGGCUAGCCCGCAAGCUGACCGAUCCACAACGGGCGCCGAGGAUCUCAACAGCAUCAACGCCCUCUCGGUCCACAUUAUCGAGCUAUGCCAUCAGUUCCCUGAGCAAGCCAGUACUCACUUCAUCGAGAGGCUUACCAAGCUGCAAAAGCGGCUCGUGAAAGAUCUGUCAUCCCCUUCAGCCGCGCGACGGAACGGUGCGUGGCCGUCACUCGAUGCCCUGUUCACACUCCGCUUCAUCUCUCGAGUGUUCUCCACCUCCGAUUUGGUUCACCCCGUCGUGACACCCGCUCUCCUGCUGAUGGGACAAUAUCUCUCCCAGUGCCCGGUUGCGGGCUUCCGUGGGACGAUUGCAGGACUCUACCUGUGCGAUAUUGUCCACGAGUUUGAAGUGUUGUCCAAGCGAUAUGUGCCUGAGGUCAUCAACUUUAUCGCGACCACGCUCGCCCUUGCGCUGCCAUUGACCAAGAGUGAGGACGCUGAUGAAGAGGGUACCACCGUCUUCGAGACCGUCCCCAUACUGGAGGCGCGCGCGAGUUUCUUGCGCAUAGAGGAUUUUCCGGAUCUGAACGCUGCUGAAGUUGCGCCUAUGUCCUUGAAGCUACUCUCCACUGACAAUGUCCCCGUGGAAGAAUCGAUCGAUCUAUCGAUGCGCCAAUCCAUUCUCUUUACGGCUCUCACCAUGCUCGGCAGAUUCGCGCGGCUGCAUAUGAACCAACCCUCCUAUAUCGAAGUCUUCACGCCCUUCGCCAAUCUCCUCGCCACCGUCACAGACUCCCUCCCCACUGGGGCGAUCCCAGCCCUCCUCACAAGCACCCACAAACAACUAACCACCCAAUUUGCAACCCACACGCUCAAACGCCGCCCCCUCCUCCUCCAAAAGUUCAAGCCGAUCCCCAUCUCCACUUUCGUCCCCAAAUUCGAUACUAACUACUCCAUCGACCGCAAAUCCCGCUCCUCCGGCGCCGCGCGCGACCCCAACCGCGAGCGCGUUGAGGCCGCCAAGCUGAAAUACGAGUACAAGCAGGAGUUCAAGGGCGCCGUCAGGGAGUUGAGGAAAGAUGCUGCAUUUGUGGCGCGGAAGAGGCUGGCGGCGGUUAAGGAGAAGGAUGUUGAGUAUAAGAAGAAGAUGGAUAAGAUUAUGGGACAGUUGGCCAACCAGGAGGGGGCGAUGCGUGGGUACGAGAGGGAUAUGAAGAAGGCGAAGGGGAAGAGGCGGUAGAUUGGGGGUUUUCGCAACUGGGCACACUGCAUAUGUAUGAUAGUCAUUAUUUGUAGAUUAGCGUAGACAUCAUGUCUUAUUUAAGUUUUUGAAACAGUAAUCCAUCAUUUUUAU